UGUGAUAGCUGUCAGGCUAUCUGACAUUUCGCUUUGGUAGACAUUCCAUGCACUUGGUGCAUUUUGGCAGUGGGUGACAAAAGCGGGGAAGAAUUUUAGUACACGGCUUUCGAUGUACAUAACCAUUUUUAUUUACAGAUAUAAAACGUGAUUGUCAAAAUAAUGUCACUUCGGCAUUGAUGUAAACAAUUUGGAGCUGGGGACGCAGAGUUGGUGAUAUAAUUGUUAAUAAAUAAACUGGUAGGAGCGAUGGCGGCCGGAGGUUUUUACAAAAUGGAUCAAUACAACAAAAUGGUGCAGAUGAAAUAUAAAAACAAAUAUCGACGGUUGAAAAAAGUCAUCAAAGAAUAUGUUUUCGAAAAUGCUUCACUUUGCGAUCAAAUUGCCGAAAUUCAAGAUAACAUUAUUGUCCUUAAAGAGGAGCGCCGAAUUCUCAUGAGAAAGCUUCUUGAGCAUGAGAAUGACAACGAUCCAGUUCCCCCACCUACAAAUUGUCCAGAAUCAGCCAUUCCAGCACUGCCACCAUUGAAGAAAAUGCCAAAGAAAAGAUCAAACUCGGACACUAGUUCAAAAUCAAAGACAAAGCAAUCAGCAACAGGAUCUGAUCGUUCGCCUCAACCGCGUAAGCAAAUCCUCCAGACAAUAUCAGUCGAUAGCCACGGCAACCCAGUUUAUCCUGUCCACAUGGGAAACUUGACGAUCCAUUCAAUUGGCGAAAUUGUUCCGGACAAUCCAAAUUUCCAUACAGAAAAUUGGAUAUAUCCUGUCGGAUAUAUGGCGACGAGAGUAUACUCACAUCCCAAGGAACCCGAGCGAAAAUGCACAUUCACAUGCAAAAUACUCGAUAAUUCGGGUAUUCCUCAGUUUCAGAUAAUUCCCGAUUCUGAUUUUGAUCAUGUCUUUUUCGGGGAGACGGCCAACGUAUGUCAUUUGGCUCUGCUGGAAACGAUCGUUCGUGCGUCGGAUGUAAAAAAUCUGCCACUGGGUGCACAAGGUGAACUAUUUUUCGGACUGGGAAACUCAACAGUGAUCUCGCUGCUGCAAGCCAAUCCAAACAUGAGAAGAUGCGCGAAUUUUAAGGGCUUCCAAAUGGAUUCAUUCGGAUUGGAGAAAGAUUCGGAUCCUACCUUGAAUUAUGACGCGCUACAGAAGCUGAUCGCUAUCUCAGCUUAUCAUACCGUACCUGAAAUUAAGGAAGAGCCGCCAGAUGAGCUAUUGGAAUAACAUCAGGAUAAUGUGGUGGAUAUGGAAGAAGGAGCUGUGUUUUAUGAGGUUGAAGUUGAGGAUUGUAAUUAUUAUGAGUGAAGAUGAUAUCUGUGGAUCGUCCAGGCUUUUUCUAUGCUGUUCAGAUAAAUAUACGAAUAAUUGAUAACUAUCACAACUUUCCCAUUUUUAAAAUUAUGAAAAAAUAUACAAAGAGGAAAAAUUCA